AUGACCGACACCACCGAACUGAUAGUUAGACCGAGUGAUCCACGUCGUACGCCCUCUUGGAAGUCAGUUCUUGCUACCGAGCCUUCGGGUGCAUUAGGAUUACCAUUAUAUACAUUGACACCGACCCAAGUAGUUACAUAUAAUACAAAACAAAACCAACCAAUCCAUGAAAAGAAUUGUACACAGCAAAACUCUCACCAAAUACUGUGGCAUGUGUCUUAA